AUUCCUCAUGAUUCUUCUUUGCCUGAUCCUCAGUGUUCUCUCAACCAUUCCAGAGUAUCAUCUAAUAUCUCUUUCAAUUCUCUUCUGGGUGGAGAUUUUCGUUGUGACCUUCCUUGGUGUGGAAUAUAUUGUCCGACUUUGGUCAGCCGGUUGUCGUAGUAUUUAUGUUGGAAUAUGUGGACGACUACGAUUUGCAAGAAAGCCAAUAAUUAUAAUAGAUCUAAUUGUUGUGGUUGCCUCAAUAAUUGUACUAGCAGUUGGCUCCAAAGGACAUGUGUUUGCAACCUCUGCUGUAAGGGGGAUCCGUUUCCUUCAGUUAUUGCGUAUGCUUCACGUAGACCGCCAAGGAGGGACAUGGUGGCUCCUGGGUUCUGUUGUCUAUGCCCAUCGCCAGGAGCUGAUCAUGACCCUUUACAUUGGCUUUCUGAGCUUGAUCUUCACUUCAUACUUUUUGUACGUGGCAGAAUCUGGAGAAGAUGCCCAUCUCUCAACUUUUGCGGAUGCUCUGUGGUGGGGAGUGAUAACUGUGACGACAGUUGGCUAUGGAGAUGUCAUACCUGUGACCUGGCUUGGGAAGAUCAUUGCGUCCCUUUUCUCGGUCUUUGCCAUAUCCUUCUUUGUACUCCCUGCAGGAAUUUUAGGUUCAGGUUUUGCACUGGCAGUGCAGCAGAAACAAAGGCGGAAACAUUUUAAUAGACAAAUCCCCGCUGCCGCUCGUGUUAUUCAGACAUCAUGGAGAUGUUUUGCAAUGAAAAAUUCUGAUUCUGCCACAUUUAACAUGUUCUUGAGAAAGAGAUCCAACACGCCGAACUUCUCACUGCCGACCCCCACGCCUAAAAAAUCAGUGAAGAAGUUGAACAAGGACGCCGCUUCAGAUUUUCUGGCAGUUUCUAACAUGGCCAGUACCUCCGUGUUUACGCAAGAAAGCAAUAUUUUGAACUCUAAUGUGGGUAGCACGAUGGACAUAGAGAAAACACCUGGCCUUCUGGAUAUUGAUUCUUCUAAUGGCCUUAAGAUGAACUACAGUUUUGCAGACAACCUGGAACAAGAAUCAGAGCAAGACAGUGCACUGACUGCGGCCACCUCCAUAUCACAACUAACCCAGUCACACAGACGAGCCAUUCAUGUGAUCCAGAAAAUCCGCUUCUAUGUGGCUAAGAGCAAGUUCCAGCAAGCUCGUAAACCAUAUGAAGUUCGUGACGUGAUUGAGCAAUACACUCAGGGCCACCUCAACCUGAUGGUGCGCAUCAAGGAACUGCAGAGAAGAUUGGACCUGUCAUUAGGGAAGAUGCAUUUAUUCCAGACAGGAGGAGCCAGAGAUAAGGAAAACAGUUCUAUUGGAUCCCGCCUCAACAGAAUGGAGGACAAGAUCAAUAACAUGGAUCAGAUGCUGAACCGCAUUGCAAGGUCUCUCAAUGUUCUACCAGACCAGAGGGGUAACAUUGAGGUCGAACAUGAAGGUAGACUAAAGCCACAGCCUGACAAUUCCAGCAAUAUCAACCCCAACAUGGAUGGCCCACCAACCUAUGAGCAGCUGUCUGCAAAAUAGGAGGACAGAAUCUGA